AUGUCACUACUGAAAUUCGACAGCAACAACAAACCGUACGCCGACUUAGGCAAUGGAUUCAAAAUUCGGUUGGAAGAGGAACCAGUUGUGGAUGAGAAAUAUUUGCAAAAAGCUAAAAUUGAACUUCGAGAAGAUCCAGAAGUAGUUAAUGAAGCUUUAUUUGAGCUGAGAGAGCUUAUUAAAGCUGAAAAAAACUUUACAUUCCCGCACGAGGGCGACUUCUUCCACAUUUGCUUCCUCCGUCCAUGCAAAUAUUAUCCGAAAAGCGCAUUCGAGCGGAUGCAAAAAUUUUAUAAAUUCAAAAUCAAGCACAAAAACAUCCACGAGAACUUGACACCAUUGGCAUUGAGGACAGUGUUUGAGGACGACUUGGUCAAGUAUUUUCCACUUCGAGAUAAAAAUGGAUGUAGGAUUAUUUAUAUCCAUACUGGAAAACACUGGAAGCCCUCAAAAAUCCCUCUAAAUGACAUGUUUCGUACGAUUCAGUUAAGUCUCCAGGCUGCAAUGCUAGAGCCAAUGUCGCAAAUAAACGGUGUCAGCGUAAUAUUGGAUGUGGAAGGACUCUCCUUAGGACAAAUUGUCCAUUUUACACCAUUCUUUGCAGCAAUGUUACUGGAGUGGCUACAGGAAUGCGUUCCAUUGAGAAUCAAGGGUGUCUACAUCACAAAUAAUUCGUACAUCUUUAACAUUGCUUUUAAGAUUUUUAAGCCUUUCAUUCAUGCUAAAUUGAGGCAGAGGAUUCAUUUUGUUGGCAAAGAUUGGGACAUGCUAGGCAACUUCCUUGGCAAAGAAUUCUUAAAAAGCUCAUUAGGAGGUGAUCUUCCAUGUGAUGACGUUGAUGGAAAUAUUUUGAAUGACUUAAUGCAAGAGUUAAGUGAAAAACUCAAAGCAUGGGACAAGGGAGGAUAUACAGCACAAAAGUAA